GGACAAAAUGAGCGCGAAGUCGAACGGUCCUGUAUUACUUGUUGGAGCUGGUGGUAUCGGGUGCGAGCUGUUGAAGAAUUUAGUUUAUAAUGGAUUCAAUGACAUAACAAUUGUAGACCUUGAUACCAUCGAUGUAAGCAACUUAAACAGACAAUUCCUGUUCAGUAAGAAGCAUGUUGGGCGUUCAAAAGCAGAAACUGCCAGGGACAAUGUUUUGGAAUUUAAACCAACCGCUCAUAUUGUUGCUUAUCACAAAAGUAUAUUCAGCUCGUCAUUCGACUCUGAAUUCUUCGGAAAGUUUGCUGUUGUUUUUAACGCUUUAGAUAAUCUUGCUGCAAGAAAACAUGUGAAUCGUAUGUGUAUAUCGGCAAAGAUUCCCUUAAUUGAGUCCGGCACAGCUGGUUACUUGGGACAAGUCGAGCCGUUAAUUCCCGUAGUUGAAACGAGUGAAUCGGAGGCCACCAACACAGAAGCGAAUCAAGCGACAACCUAUCGUACAGGAUGUUAUGAAUGUCAACCUCGUGGGUUAGGUCAGCGUCACUAUCCAGCCUGCACCAUACGUAACACUCCAUCUGAGCCAAUUCAUUGUGUUGUUUGGGCAAAGUAUUUAUUCAAUCAGUUAUUUGGUCAACCUGAUGUGGAUGAUGAAGAUAUCUCUCCGGAUUUCACCGAUCCAAGUCUCCAUAACCAUGAUCGUAGUCAGAUUAAUGAUGAGUUGUUGCCGGCUAAAAACGAUCUUAUUAAUAAAUCUGAUGAUGUGUUAAAUACAGAUGGUACAGCGAUUGGAAAUUCAGUUAAACCUAAUCAAAUUAGUUUAAGAGAAUGGUUUCACAUUCUGUGGUCUAGUAAUGAAAAUGACCAGUCUAAUUUAGAAAAUGGUAAAAUUUCAUCUGGUGCCAUUUCACUAUCUUGGAGAUUAUUUCAUCAUGAUAUUGUCACAUUGGUUAGUAUGCGUGAUUUAUGGGUCGACCGUCAAGAUCGUCGAGAACCGAGUCCUUUGGAAAAGACUACAAUGAAAGAUGCAUUAGGAAAAUAUUCAGAUGAAUUAUUGGAUUCAACAUGUGUCAGUGAAUUACGUGAUCAACGGAAACUAUCUACAUCGGGUUGGCUUCGUAUAUUCAUAAAAUCAGUUGAAAAACUACAGAAACAAGUAGAAGAUGGUGGAGGGGAUAAAUACUUAGUAUGGGAUAAGGAUGACCCGGAAGCUAUGGAUUUUGUCGCCUCAGCAUCAAUCAUUCGAUCACAGUUAUUUCAUUUACCCGGUGCUGAUCAGUUAACUAGGUUUAUCAUUAAAUCUUUAGCUGGGAAUAUCAUACCAGCUGUAGCAUCAACAAAUGCCAUCGUCGCUGGUCUUAUGGUACUACAAGCCAGACAUAUUUUAUCUAAAAAGUUUGAGCGUAUUCGUUCUGUUUACAUACAUCGUCGACCAACUGGUCGACGUGGGAAUCAUCGUCUUGUAGUCCCUGUUGAACCAGCACUACCGAAUCCAUCUUGUUUAGUGUGUAGUGAUUCUGUUAGAAAUUCUCAACUGCAUUUACUCUGUGCACCUGAAUUAUUAACAUUGCGUAUUCUGCGUGAUCGUAUCUUGGUACGACAUUUAGGCAUGCUUGCUCCAGAUGUCGAGGUACCUGAUCGUGGCAUUAUACUAAUAUCAAGUGAUGAAGAUGAAACAGAUGAAGAGACGUUAAAUAAAACAUUAGCUGACUUUAAAUUAACACAUGGAACUUGUUUACAAUGUGAUGAUUUUCGUCAAGAUUUUACCAUUCAACUUAUUUUAUCAUGUAUUAGUGUAGAAUUGGCUAAUGCAUUACCUACUAAUUCUGAUUUAUCAACAUCAACGUCAACAUUAAAUCUUAAUAUCGAUAGUCGUUUAACAGAACAAUUUAAUAAUGAAGAACAACAAUCUGAAACAUGGAGAAUUGUAGGUGAUAUAAAUUCCAUUUUGUCAAAUUCAAGAGAUAAUACAAUAUCAGAAAAGAAUACUGAAAAAGAGAACAAUGAAAAUACAGAUAAAUUUGUUCACAACAAUAAUGAUGAUACAGAGGAUGAUUUAAUUGAAAUUACUGAAGAGUCUAUGACUUCUUUAAAUCAAGAUUUGGAUAAUAGUGUUAAUAAUAAUACCAGUAUUAAUAGUAAUAGUAAUAAACGUAAAUUUCUCGAUACAAUCACUUGUGAUGAUCAAGACAAUAUGAAUAGAAUCAAAGAGAAGAAAUUACGAUUUGAUAAAGAAUUAACAACACUAUCAUCACCUAUUAUUGUACCAGUUGCUGACGACGAUGAUGAUGAUGAUGAUUUAAUCAUUAUUGAAUGAAUAAAUGAUUGAGAUAUAUCUAUAUUAUAAUAGUUAUAUGGUUAUAUGCUUAUAUAUAUCAUGGAUCUUUGUAUGUAUUUGUGUGAGUAUAUGUAUUGUUCCUUCAUAUUCUGUUCUGUAAAAGGUAACCAUUUUGUAAAAAGGUUACAUGGUUUGUGUUUUGUUUGUUUCGCUCUCUCCCUGUCUCUCUCACGAUGUUUCAUUUACAUUUCAUCUUUUCUACUGAAAAAAAAACCGUACUAGAUUGAUCAUCCCUUUCUCCCCUGUAUGUUUUUGUGUGUAUAUGUCUAAGUUGUUCAUUAAAUAGCCUAUUAACUAACCGGUCAUCAAUUUUAUUUUGUUAUAAACUAUUAUUUAAUAUUAUUCUAAAUAUGUUUCUACUUUUGUACCAUUCAAUAUACAUGGAUAAUACAAAUAGUCUACUAUGAAA